GCGCGGCGCGGGGCGGGGCGCGGGGCCGCAGUGGCGGAGCCGCUCCGUUCCUCCGGCGCAUCGCGGUCGCCAUGGCGCUGUGCGGCCGCUCCGCGCUCCUCCCGCCGCCCCAGCGGCACCGGCCCCGGCCCCGAGCCCCGGGGCCUUUCGUCAGCUGCAGCCGCCUCCGAAAUAUUCAGGCUAUCCUGACGCAGAGCAACAAAUCUCAGCCUGAUGGAAUCCUCUGCAUUUUAGGGAUAGACAGUCGAUACAAUGAAGGGUGCAGGGAGCUGGCAAAUUAUCUGCUCUUUGGUUUGUACAACCAGAACAACAACGACUUUGAAAGGACAGGUUUUCCUGAAGAAGUUCUGGAUGAUAUAAUCAUAUUAAUAAAACCUGACAGUGUUCAUCUGUACUGCAACCCUGUGAAUUACAAUCAUCUUUUACCCUAUGUGGCACACUGGAGGAACUUGCAUUUCCACUGUCUGACUGAAAAUGAGUACAAAGAUGAAGAAGCUGCAGAGGAAUUCAAGAUUUCCAGCUUUGUGGACAUGGUCCGGGAUUGCAGCCGCAUCGGGAUCCCCUACAGCUGCCAAGGCCACCUGCAGAUAUUUGACAUGUUCAUUGUGGAGAAGUGGCCGAUCGUCCAGGCCUUCGCGCUCGAGGGGAUCGGGGGCGACGGCUUCUUCACCAUGAAAUACGAAUUAAUGGAUGUCAGUGCUGACUUGUGGAAGACCUACAGCAAAAUGGAUCCUGUGUCCUUGGAGGAUUUGCUUUUUGAGGAUUUAAUGAUUUUUGAACACCAGUGGACCAACUUUUUUGCAAAUUUUGACACUGAAAUUCCCUUCAUUCUGGAACUCUCAGAAUCUCAGGCUGGGGAGCCCUUCAGAAGUUAUUUCAGCCACGGCAUGAUCUCAAGCCAUAUAACAGAUAACAGCCCGAGCCGUCAGCCCUUUGUCCUGUUUGGCAGCCACUCCACAAAGGAAAACUUGAACACUGGGAACUUUAAUUUUCCAUCUGAAGGACAUCUGGUCCGAAACACUGGCCUUGGUGGAAGCACUGCCAAGCAUAUGGUAGUGCAGUGUGUAUCUCCAAAGGGACCUCUGGCUUGUUCAAGGACCUAUUUUUUUGGAGCCACUCACAUUCCUUUCCUGGGAAAUGACAAUGAGAUGCCCAAGCAAGCUGAGCAAGUUACGCUGUUGUCGCAAAUAUAUUCUGCUGUUGUAGAGGCUGUGCUUGCUGGCAUUGAGUGCUAUGCUAAAACUUCCACUGAAUCCAAGGCAAAGGAGGUGGCAGAGCAGGUGCUCCUGUCUGUGUUAGACACCCUUGGCUUGGCACAGCUGAAAUCUGCUUUACGCUCCAAAAUCGCUUUUCAAAUUCAGGCUGUGAACAACCAUGGCAGAAUUACUCCAUUAGAUAACGAGGACAGCCUGAGUUUGAUCAAAACGGCAUCCAUGAUGGUGUUUGACAUUCCAGACCUGCUGGCAGGAAGAGGAUGCUUGGGAUCUGUUGUGUUUUCAGAGUCCUUCCUGACAUCACAAAUACAGGUCAAAGAAAAAGAUGGCAGCAUCCAUCCAGACUCCAGGCACGUUAUCCUGACCGCAGCUAUCCCGAGAUUCGCUUCCUGGCUGGUUGAAGACAGUGAUGUGAAACUCUCUGAAAAGGCACAGCAAGUAUUGAAGGAAGACAAAUCUUUCCUGGGCACUUUACUCACUGAGGGUGAUGGAGUUUAUAUCUGUUCCAGCAAUCCACAGGCCAUGCCUGCAGAAGGCAAAUUGUAUUUCUUUUCUGAUGGAAUUCUGUUCUGUGAUCCCCAUCAUGGCAGCAUUUCCAUUUCCAAGAACCACAUGAGUUCCAUUUCUCUCUAUGAUGGGGAUUCCAACAGCAUUGUUGCUGCUCUCUUUAUAGACUUCAAAAGUUCCCUGCUUCCUCAUCUCCCCAUUGAAUUCCACACCCAGAACAACUUUCUGAUGAUUGCACUUUUCCCCAAAAGAAAGAUUUAUAAAGCUUUUUAUUCACAGGUUUUCUCUUCAUGGCAAAACCAGACAAACUCAGGAUUAUCUUUAAGGGUUGUCCCAGAAGAAUUCCUGUCUGAGGAACAAAAGAGGCUGCAUUCCAGUGUCCAGAAGCUCUUCAAUGCCUUCUCUUUUGCUUCUGGGGAAAGAUGCAGGGAGCUGAAACUGUCUGCUGCUAUUCCAGGACUGGAGAGGUUUGUGCAGCACUUCACAGUCAGCAGCGUCAGUACCAAGCCAGUGAUGAGAGCACAUCUUCCUGUCCUUCUCCAACAGUCAGAAACCAUUUCUGACAGCAAAGCAGAAGGUGAUAAGGUGAUCAUCACCAUCAUCACUGGGCUGCCAGGGUGCCGUUCCAGCGACCUGUGUUCUUUCCUUGUCACUUUUACCAAGGAGUAUGGGAGAUGGAUUGUUUAUCGGCAGACCAUGGACAGCCCGGAGUGUUUCAGUGCCUCCCACUUCCAGCGCUUCCUGGCCGGGCUCCUGGAGACCCAGCAGAACCUUGGGGUCCGUCAGCCCGCCCACCUUGGGAAGAGCAACAGGCUCCUGGUGGUGCUGCAAGGGUACACUGAUGUUAUUGAUGUUGUGCAAGCUCUGCAGACUCACCCUGACCCAGAUGUGAAAUCUUCUUUCAUCAUUGGAGCAGUCAACACCUGCGUGGAGCCUCUGAGCUGCUACAUGGAACACAGGCUUCUUUUUCCCAAGUUCUUGGACCAGUGUUCACAAGGACUGGUGAGUAACGUGGUUUUCACAAGUCAUGCCACAGAGCAGAGGCACCCACUCCUCGUGCAGCUGCAGAGCCUGAUCCGAGCAGCAAAUCCUGGAGUUUCCUUCAUCCUGGCAGAAAAUGGGAUUGUAACGAGGAACGAGGAUAUUGAACUAAUUCUCUCAGAAAGCAGUUUUUCAAAUCCUCAGAUGAUGAGAGCUCGAUAUUUAAUGUACCCUGGCUGGUAUGAGGGUAAAUACGGGGCUGGGCCCGUGUUCCCUCCCAUGGUUCAGAUCUGCGUGUGGUUCAGUCGCCCUCUGGAGAAAACACGAUUUGUGACCAAAUGCAAAGCAAUUAAGUCGUUGCUCAAGCCAAGUCCAUUUUCUGGAAACAUUUAUCACAUCAUGGGCAAAGUGAAGUUUUCAGAUGCUGAUAAAGUCAUUGAAGUCUGUCACAACACAGCAGCAAAUUCCCUAAGCCUGGUGCCUGUUUCGGAGGGGCCAACUCCUCCUGAUUCCAGAAAUGAUCCCAGAGACUGCAGCAGUCAACAGGAAUAUUUCCUUGUGUUCAUUGGCUGCUCCCUGAAGGAAGAGGAUAUCAAAGAUUGGCUCAGAGAAACUGCAAAACAGAAACCUCAGAGGAAAGCCCUGAAAACCAGAGGAAUGUUAACCCUUCAGGAAAUCAAAAACAUCCACGUGAAACGCCACUUGGAUCCGCUUCCAGCUGGUUAUUUUUACAAUGGGACUCAAUUUGUGAAUUUUUUUGGUGACAAAAUGGAUUAUCAUCCAUUAAUGGACCAGUUCAUGAAUGAUUACUUGGAAGAAGCCAACAGGGAAAUUGAGAAGUACAACAGGGAGCUGGAGGAGCAGGAGUACCACGACCUCUUUGAGCAGAAGAUUUAAGCACGUGGAUCCUGAGCGUUCCUGUCCUUGUGUCAGGAACCAAAAAUGCUAUUUUUGUCCUUCUGGCUCAUGAGAAAUUGAGUGAAAUGUCUGUUUUCAGCACUCCUUCCCAAACUAAGGGAUUGUUCCCCUUAGGUUGGCAUUUAACGUGGUAACUGCUUAGCUGUUUGUACUGUCAGGAUUGCUUCCACUUCACCUUAAUUCCAGACUGUACAAAGCAUCACCUGGAAUCUCUGGCUUGUGGUGGAAACGUGGGAAAAAGAAGAAGGAGGAGGAGACGAGAAGCAAAACUGGAUUUAUUUCCUAAAAAGGUCAGAAUGUAAUUGUGGAAUUGGGCCAUGGUGCAGAUAUCAAACGAUGCCUGGGUGUCCCUUGGGAAUCGUUGCACAGGAGCAUCGAUGGUCAGUGGGGGAAUUCAGGAUGUGGGAUUGGGAUGUUCCCAAAGCGAGAAAUGGGGGAACAGACUCGGAAGAGUCCCCAGUCCCAGAACUGUUUGGAUGUUCCCGAAGCAAAAAAUGGGGGAAUAAUUAAAAAAUUUAAGAGAGUCCCUAAUCCCACAGCUGCUGAGAUGUUCCCAAAGCGAGAAAUGGGGGAACAAUGGGAAAAACUCAGAAUUGGGUCCCUAAUCAGCAGCUGUUGGGAUGUUCCCAAAGCAAGAAAUGGGGGAACAUUGGGGAAAAACUCCGAAUUGGGUCCCUAAUCCCACAGCUCUUGGUGUGUUCCCAAAAUGAAGAAUGGGGGAACAAUGGGAAAAACUCAGAACUGAGUCUCUAAUCAACAGCUGUUGGGCUGUUCCCAAAGUGAGAAAUGGGGGAACCCUUUCUCAGAGUUCCUAAUCCCACAGCUCUUGGUGUGUUCCCAAACUGAGAAAUGGGCAAACAGUGGGGAAAACUCCGAAGAGCCCCUGAUCCCAGAGCUGUUGGUGUUCCCAAAGCAAGAAAUGGGAGAAUGAUUAAAAAACUUAGAAUCCCUGAAUCUGCAGCUGUUGGGAUGUUCCCAAAGUGAGAAAUGGGGGAACAAUGGGAAAAACUCAGAACUGAGUCCCUAAUCCCACAACUGCUGGAGCAUUCCCAAAGUGAAAAAUGUGGAAACAGUGGGGAAAGCUCAGAAGAGUCCCUAAUCCCAGAGCUGUCAGAUGUUCCCAAAGCGAGAAAUGGGGGAACAAUGGGAAAAACUCAGAAGAGUCCCUAAUUAACAGCUGUUGGGGUGUUCCCAAAGCGAGAAAUGGGGGAACGGUGAGGAAAACUCAGAAUUGAGUCCUUAAUCCCACAGUUGUUAGGAUGUUCCCAAAGCGAGAAAUGGGGGAACAGUGGGGAAAACUCAGAUCUGAGUCCCUAGUCCCACAGCUCUUGGUGUGUUCCCAAAGCGAGAAAUGGGGGAACAAUGGGAAAUAAUCAGAAUUGAGUCCCUAAUCCCACAGUUGCUGGGUAUUCCCAAAGUGAAACACGUCGAAACAGUGGGAAAAACUCAGAAGUGUCCCUAAUCCCAGAGUUGUCAGGAUGUUCCCAAAGCCAGAAAUGGGGGAACAGUGGGAAGAACUCAGAACCGAAUCCCUGAUCCCACAUCUUUGAGAGAGUUCCCAAAGCAAGAAAUGAGGGAAUGGGAAAAGCUCAGAUGGGCACCUAAUCCUACAGCUGUUGUUGUGUUCCCAAAGUGAGAAAUGGGGGAACAAUGAGAAAAACUCAGAAUUGGGUCCCUAAUCCCACAGUUGCUGCUGUGUUCCUAAAGCGAGAAAUGGGGGAACACUUUCUCAGAGUCCCUAAUCCCACAGUUGUUGAUGUAUUGCCAAAGUAAGAAAUGGGGGAACAGAGGGAAAAACUCUAAUCUAAUCCCACAGCUACUGGAUGUUCCUAAAGCGAGAAAUGGGGGAACAAUGGGAAAAAAUCAGAAUUGAGUCCCUAAUUCCAGAGCUGUUGGUGCGUUCCCAAAGCAAGAAAUGGGAGAAAGAUUAAAAAAUUUAUAAUCCCUCAAUCUGCAGCUGUUAGGAUGUUCCCAAAGUGAGAAAUGGGGAAAAGUGGGAAGAACUCAGAACUGAAUCCUUAAUUCCAGAGCUGUCAGGGCAUUCCCAAAGCGAGAAAUGGGGGAAUGGGAAAAGCUUGAAUGAGCACCUAAUCCCAGAGCUGUCAGGGUGUUCCCAAAGCGAGAAAUGGGGAAACAGUGGGAAAAACUGAAGAAUCUCUAAUCCCAGAGCUGUCAGAUGUUCCCAAAGCGAGAAAUGGGGGAACAAUGGGAAAAACUCAGAAUUGAGUCCCUAAUCCCACAGCUGCUGGGGCAUUCCCAAAAUGAAAAAUGUGGAAUCAGUGGGAAAAACUCAGAAGAGUCCCUAAUCCCAGAGCUGCCUGGGUGUUCCCAAAGCCAGAAAGGGGGAAACAAUUGGAAGAACUCAGAACUGUGUCCCUAAUCCCACAUCUUUCAGAGAGUUCCCAAAGCGAGAAAUGGGGGAAUGGGAAAAGCUGAGAUGGGCACCUAAUCCUACAGCUGUUGGUGUGUUCCCAAAGUGAGAAAUGGGGAAACUAUGGGAAAAAAAAUCAGAAUUGAGUCUCUUAAUUUCACAGUAAGAAAUAGGAGAAAGAUUAAAAAAUUUAUAAUCUCUGAAUCUGCAGCUGUUAGGAUGUUCCCAAAGUGAGAAAUGGGGAAAAGUGGGAAGAACUCAGAACUGAGUCCCUAAUUCCAGAGCUGUCAGGGCAUUCCCAAAGCGAGAAAUGGGGGAACAGGAAAAGCUCGAAUGAGCACCUAAUCCCAGAGCUGUCAGGAUGUUCCCAAAGCAAGAAAUGGGGAAACAGUGGGAAAAACUGAAGAAUCCCUAAUCCCAGAGCUGUCAGGAUAUUCCCAAAGCAAGAAAUGGGGGAACAAUGGGAAAAACAAAGAACUGAGUCCCUAAUCCCACAGCUGCUGGGGCAUUCCCAAAAUGAAAAAUGUGGAAUCAGUGGGAAAAACUCAGAAGAGUCCCUAAUCCCAGAGCUGUCAGGGUGUUCCCCAAGCAAGAAAUGGGGGAACAGUGGGAAAAACUCAGAAUUGAGUCGCUGAUCCCACAGCUGUUGGUGUGUUCCCAAAGUGAAAAAUGGGGGAACACUUUCCAGAGUCCUUAAUUACAGAGCUGUUAGGGCAAUCCCAAAGUGAAAAUUGUGGAAACAGUGGGAACAACUCAAAAAAGUUCCUAAUCCCAGAGCUGUCAGGGUGUUCCCAAAGAGAGGUACGAGGGAACACCGCCACCCCCACCUUUGCCAGGGCACAGCCCAUCUCAAAACCUCAGCACAGUUUGAGUCUGCACUUGAAAUUCUGACUUUAAAGAAAAGCUAUUUAUACAUUUCAGGGUGAAAUCAGUGGAGAAAUCUUAAUUUCUUCCCAGUCCUCUCAUUGGGAUUCUGAAAAAUAUUUCCUGGCUGGCUGCAAUGUGCACCUUGCUUAGAUUAUCCCUGGAGGAUUCCUAUUGCAGUCCUAAAAACUAGGCAAGGCAAGGGGGAGAUUCUUCAGUUGAAGAAUUCCUUUUCAUGAAGAUGAGUGAAUUCCAAAGGUAAAAAAUAGCAAAGGAUGUUACUUGAAAGAGGCAGGAACUUGUUUGUGGAGUUUCCAGAAGAGUUUGCACACCGUAACAUUUCACUGUGCUGGUGAGAAAUCAACUUUUUAAGUACUUGCAACAGAAUUUUUAUAGUUCCUAAAUAAUAGAACAGGAAUGCUGGCAGCCUGUCCUGACUUAAUUCAGUAUCAUUUUAAAGGAGGCUUUAUAAAUCCCUGCCUGAAGGAUUAUAAAGUACCUUAGCAGCUAUUUACAGGUAAUUAUUGGAGUUUAUUUGAAUAAGCAGAUUAUUGUAGCAUGCACGUGUUCAGAAUUUAGGUGAGAGCAGCCCAGCAGGAAUUUUUUUAUUUUCAUAUUCCUUUGCCUUAGGGACAGCUCAAUCUUUUACUGCAACUGCAGCUUUUCUUUCUGACCAGAUGUUUGUGAUACAGCAAGAAAUGGAACGAAAAAUCUCUUGCAGGACACUUAAAAUACUUCAAAUGUAUCUGCACAGCCUCAUCUCGAAGCAGGAAAAUGAGAUUUAACCCCUGCCAUCAAACCUGAGGCUAAAUUAGAGUUUCUGCUUUGCUAAAGAGAUGUAUUUUUUACCUUUGGAAUAUGAAAUAACUGAAAUUUCAGUAACCUGAAGCAUAUUUUAGGUGGUUUUGGUCUUCAUUGCUGGGUGCCUGUCCUAUGAGUGUUCCACAGUGCAGAGGUAGAAUUCCAGGUGCUGCAGGCUGGGAUAGAAAUAUUGAUAAGGUUUCAUUCCUUGCUUUCCUCCUAGAUUUAGAAAGCUGUCUGAAUUAAAGACUUUAAUAUUUUAUUUUCUUUUUUUUUUUGCACACCACGAGACUUUAUAUAAAAACUACUUGUAUCCUGUUAGAGGCCAGUAAAAGCCAGCAAUUAGUUUGUGUUUUUAGGCUUUCCUGGGGUAUUCCCUGGAUCACAAGUGUGGAGCAUCCUGAUAAAGCUCGUGAGUUUUAUCUAUGCAUGGCUAAAUUUUAGUCUUAAUAUCCUGUAGUGCCUGUAGAGCAAAGGUAGCUAGCAGUGGGUUUUGGGGGGGCUGCCAGGGGUUUACAACUCAAUCCAGUUGGUUGCAUGAAAUUAUUUCACAGCCCAGAAUUUUUAGGAAUCCCAAAAUUCUGGUGGCUAGCGCUGCAAUAUAAAGGGGCAUUAGGAAAUUGAGCUCCAAUUGGAAUUGCUUUGCCAAUUAAGUCAGUGUAAACCCAGCUGUUCCAGUCCCAGUUCUCUCACCUGCAAAGCCAUAUUUUUAGAGUAGUGGGAUGUGAUGUGGGAAGAAAUUCCAGUGGUUGGGACAGCAGGCACGUGGUGGAGGCUUUGUCUCAACUCGUGAGUGGAUACAGAGUAGAUUUAAGUGCAAUUGAUUGAAAAUAGAUGAAGAUGCUGUAGCUGAUUUUUGCUCUGCUGAACUCUUUUUAAGAACUCCAAUUUGUGCAGCUCUCAAAUCAAUGUGGAAGGGGCUUGAUCCAGCUGGAAUUCCAAGCCCUGUGAACAAGAAAAAAAAAAAAAAAAAGGAAAUAAUUGGGGUAUGAGUGUGCAAAUUGAGCUGUUCCUUAAAAACUGGAGCAGAAGAGCUCGGAACAAAGGCCUAGAACCCUCCUGUCCUGUGCUGCAUGUGCUCUAUGGUCAUAGCUGUGUAUUACAAAGACCUUUCACCAGACUGGUACUGGCUCAAUUCAUGUAUUUUGGUAUUGAAAGAAAUUGAUUACCUCAAUUUUUAGCAUUUAUUUUUGAACUGUGACUUUCAACCAGAACAGAAGAAGAAAAAAAAAUAAUAAAAAAAAGAAAAAUACCGAAAUAGUGAAACUGUGACAAUGGUAUCCUUUAAAUGUAGUAGUGCCUUGCAGAUGACACCAUUUAUUCCCCAAAUAAAUGGAUGUCAGGGGUUGCACCCCCACUUUUUUUUUUAAAGGAAAAUAACGGUUUUGGUGAAAGGACUUAAAAAUUUAACCUAGUGACAAAUAUUAGCACAAAUGGUUAAACUGUUUAAAAGAAAACUCUUUGAGGACUGAAAUGCCUGAUGCUGCUGCUGUUGAAGAGCAGUUGCUGAUUUUUUGGGAGUCAAUUCUAACGAUCAGCAGCUCUUUUUGAAUUUUUUUUAUUUUUUUUUUUUAGAAGAGCGUAACUUUUGUACUCUGGUCAAAGCUGUUUGUACUGUAUGGAAUCCCCAGCCUAGGGGGUUUGGUGUCCUCACUCCUUGGAAGUCGAGGUGAGGAUGGAGCUACUCCGAAGGAUUGAGGUUUGAACAUUUUUUUGCUACUGUAUAAUUAAAAAAAAAACAACAACAACAAAAAAAAGCACCAUUUCUAACCCACUGAUGUUUGGAUACAGCAAAAGUGCCAUUACACUGUUCCUUUUCUCUUUUACUGUACUUGGAAAAAAUUGUGUCCAGGCAUUCCUGAGCUUGGGAAGUGCUGAAGAGUCCUCAAGGGGUUUCCACGCUUUGCUGACCUUUGUUAGCAGCUUGUGGUGGUGUUUUUUUCUUUCUCCUCACCGAGAAUGAGUGUGAUCAGAAGUUACUGAAGUUAUAGGAUUCAAAUGUGACAAACUUAGCAGGGGAACCUUUGCAAUUUGAGCUGCUCUGCAAUCUGGGAGUAUUUGAAUUUUAAGCUGUGCAAUUUGGGAUUAAUCCAGUUUUACACUUUGCAAUUAACACACCGGAUUGCAGGGAGGAGUUAAGUUGCAUGUGAGAGUUCCCUAAUAAGUUGGAAUUUUUUUUAAAUUAUUGUUAUUUUUAAAUUGAAACUUGUCAGAAUUUGCACAGAUUUAAGCUCUGGAAUACUUUUGGUAUUCUUGAAAAGGGAAAAAAAAAAGAUUGUGACUAGUAUAGUGAAUUGUGAACUGUGAGUUGGUAGAGCCACAGGGUUGAUCUAAUCUUAGGUUGUUAAAAAUGUACCUCAGAAAGCUCAUGAGAAAUUGCUUCAUUUUUACACAACAGCCGGAUCCUGACCUAACACUUCUCACUUUACAAUGUGCCAAAAUUCACUUUUAUACUAGUUCUCAAUGCUUUAAUAUUUGCAACUCUAAGUUAAAAACGUGUUAUUUACAAACACUACUGUAACUUCAGUUCAGCUGAAUGGUGUGAUUGAAGCUUUUUGCCUCUCGUAUUUAUUACACAACUUGAUUCAGUAAAUAUAAAAUUACCUUUCCAUUUAUUUUUGUAUUGUUUUACACGUUUAUACCUGCAGUUUGUGUGACUUUUACACCUGUAACUCAGAUGUGAUGGAAAGAACCAAUAAACAGUAUCCAUCCAC